AUGGAUUUUUUGAACAAACCGGUAAGUUCGAUGUUUUGAACAGUUAUACAUUCAAAAAAAAGUGUUGCAAGUUACCUCAACUCUCAGAUCGUCCACAUAACCAACGGCGCCUACAUCAUCUUCACUCAAAACACUCUUGGUCUCUCCCACCGCUAUGCGUUUUACAUGAUAGUCCUAAACUGUACCUGCUACGGUAUUACAGUUUGUCUACUAGCAAUUCAUUUCAUCUAUCGAUAUUUGGCUCUUUGCAAGUUUGUAAUUGACUUACUUAUUUCAUGAAAAAAUAAACUUUCAGGGCUCAUCUGAUGAAACUCUUCACCUUCCCAUACACAAUUAUUUGGAUCGUGUUUUUUCUCGCAAUCUCUUCCGACUGGUGGUUCUCUGGAGUAAAUUUUACAACAGAAACUGCGGAAAUCGAUCAAGUUAUCGAAAAAUCUAUAAUAAAAUUCUAUAACUUAACUAGAGGUCAAUACAUCUACGCUGGGAACUUGUAUUAUAGAGUUGAUUCAACUACGGGAAUCAAAAGUCUGUCCUGGCCAGAUCUAUUUUAUAUGAUGAAUAUCGUGAAGAUAAUAACUAUCUGCUUUAGCAUCGUGUUUUUCUGCGGGAUCAAAACCUAUCGAACAAUGCAAACGUAUAAUUUCAUUUCCAAGAAAACGCAUGAUCUUCAACAACAACUGUUUCACGCGCUAAUAGUUCAAACAAUCAUUCCAACUGUCACAAUGUUUCUUCCCGCUGGUGCUGUAAUCAUCUUACCAAUCUUCGAAAUCACUUUAGGAUCAGUGGAGAGUCUUAUCUUAACAAUCAUCUCAACCUAUCCCUGCUUCGAUCCAAUUGUUAUUAUCUAUUUUGUCAAGGAUUAUCGAAAUACUGUGAUAACAUUUUUGACUCGUUGGAAAAAUAAUGAUAUUGUGACACAAAAUAAGACAAUGCCUAGUACUAAUUCGUAA